AUGGACACUGACUGUGCACGGGCGGACGUCAAUACACAUCAUCGUCAUCCUCUCCACUCGCUGCCUGCCUCUGCUUCUUCCUCUUCCUCCAGCUGCUGCUGCUGCUUCGUCUUCCUCCGGAGGAGAGGAAGAGGCCCUCCUCCUUCCCAAACCAAAUCAUACAGCCACUACCAUUAUUAUUAGCUACGAUGCUACGCUGCUCAUUCCACCUUCAACCCCAACCACACCCUUCCUCCUUCCCCGCUGCCGCCACCAACUGCAGCACCUCCUUGUGGUCUUCUUCUUCCCCAUCCUCCUCCUCAUCCCGCACCCACCACCAGAAGCAGAAGCUCCACCCGCCCGCCGCCCUUUCCCCCAUUUCCACCCCACCACCCACCCACCCACCUGACCACGACCACAAACAAGAUGCUGCCUCCCCCGAUGACGCCGAACUCCUCGCGCUCCUCCGCGCCCACGACACCGACGCCGCCUUCCGCCUCUUCUCCUCCCACCCCAAUGUCCUCCCUUCCUCCCCCACCACCGCCUCCCGCCUCCUCGCCCAGCUCUCCUUCAGUUCCAACAAUCCCAAUUCGUUCUCCCGCACUGCCCGCCUCCUCAACCACCUCCGCACCCGUGGCGACCUCUCCCUCCUCGACGCCAACUCCCUCUCCCUCGCUGCCGCAGCCGCCGCCCGCUCCCACAACGCCCGCCUCGCCCACUCCCUCCUCCUCUACAUGCUCCGCCAAGGCCUCCUCCCUGACCGCCGCGCCUACACCGCCGCCGUCGCCCGCCUCACGCCACCUACCAAGGCGCUCCGCCUCUUCGACGCCGUCCUCCACCACCUCCGCCGCGCGCCCCGCGACUUUCUCUCCCCAUCCUCCCUCCCCGACACGACCGCCUUCAACGCCGCGCUCAGCGCCUGCGCCGACGCAGGCGACUGCCACCGCUUCCGCCAGCUGUUCCACGAGAUGCACCAGGAAUGGAACGCCGCCCCCGACGCCCUCACCUACAACGUCCUCAUCAAGAUGUGCGCGCGCGCCGGCCGCAAGGACCUUGUCGCGCGGGUACUCGAGCGCAUCCUGUCCUCCGGCCUCACCCCCUGUGCCACCACCUUCCACUCCAUCGUCGCCGCCUUCGUCGGCUUCGGUGACAUCCCCACGGCGGAGAGGAUCGUGCAGGCGAUGCGGGAAGAGCGCAAAGACAUCUGCUUGCUCCUCAGAGCUGUGACCGCGGAAGCCGAGGGUGUGACUGACGUCGAGCAGAGAGACAGUGCCGCUGCUCUGCUUGACGACAUUCUUGUCAUAAAGCCGGAAGAGCAGAGCAGCACCCAAGAGCAAGAGGAAGAGGAAGAGGUACCGCUGCUGCCCAGGGCUUAUCCGCCCAACGCCAGGGUGUACACCACGCUGAUGAAGGGAUACAUGAACGCCGGCCGUGUCGACGACGUCGUGGCCAUGCUGCGGGCGAUGCGGCGAGAGGGUGAGACGAUGCCAGCAAGCCAGCCGGACCAUGUGACGUACACGACGGUGAUAUCGACGCUGGUCACCGCGGGUGACAUGGAGCGCGCGUGCGCCGUGCUGGACGAGAUGGCCGCGGCUGGAGUUCCCGCCAACCGGGUCACCUACAACGUCCUGCUCAGGGGCUACUGCCAGCAGCUGCAGAUCACCGAGGCCAGGGAGCUCUUCGAGGAGAUGACCACGGACGCCGGCAUCCAGCCCGACGUGGUGACGUACAACACCCUGAUGGACGGGUGCGUGCUCACGGACGACAGCGCGGGCGCGCUGGCCUUCUUCAACGAGAUGAGGUCGCGAGGCAUCGCGCCGUCCACGGUGAGCUACACGACGCUGAUGAAGGCGUUCGCGACGUCGGGGCAGCCGAAGGUGGCGCACAAGGUGUUCGAGGAGAUGGAGAGGGACCCGAGGGUGAGGGUGGACAGGGCGGCCUGGAACAUGCUGGUGGAAGGGUACUGCCGGCUGGGGCUGCUGGAGACGGCGAAGCAGGUGGUGGAGAGCAUGAAGGAGCGCGGGGUGCAGCCGGACGUGGCGACGUACGGCAGCCUGGCGAAGGGCAUUGCCGUGGCGCGGAAGCCGGGGGAGGCGCUGGUGCUGUGGAACGAGGUGAAGGAGGCGGUGGGGUUGGUGGCCGACGAGGAGCUGCUGGAGGCGCUGGCGGACGUGUGCGUGCGGGCGGCCUUCUUCAAGAAGGCGCUGGAGAUCGUGGCGUGCAUGGAGGAGAAGGGCAUCGCGCCCAACAAGACCAAGUACAAGAAGAUGUACAUCGAGAUGCACUCGAGGAUGUUCACCAGCAAGCACGCCUCGCAGGCGCGCCAGGACCGCCGCCGGGAGCGCAAGCGCGCGGCGGAGGCCUUCAAGUUCUGGCUCGGCCUGCCCAACUCCUACUACGGCAGCGAGUGGCGGAUCGAGCCCCUCGUCCAAGAUGAUGACUACGACGGCCCCAGCUGAGCACAAAAUUAAUAUAAUUCUGCUGUCGGCGUUGCAUGAAAUUGAAAUUUUUGACAAAUCCAAACUCGCAAAAGGGUAUAUAUUAUGCUGCUUUAGAAGUGCACGAUGGCAUGUCUACAAACGUGCCAUCCAUUAGACCUUUGUACGAGGAACGACAACUUAGUGUAAACCUCAGCAGAAAAAAGUGGAAUUCAGAUAUUCCUUCUACAUGUGAGAUCAGACUAAUGAUGAGCCAAGAGAAAAUAGAAAAGAGCUUUCUUUA